GUGCAGUCGCAGGAAACAUAGGAAACCAUGAGCGCCGGGCUUUCGCAACAAUUCUGCGUUCGCUGGAACAGCCAUCUAGGCAGCCUGGGAGCGGCCUUUCCACAGCUCUUGGCCGGCCAACGGUUCGUCGAUGUGACACUGGCGUGCGAGGGCCACCAGGUGCACUGUCACCGGCUGGUGCUGGCCGCCUGUUCGACGUACUUCGAGCACCUGCUCGGUGAGAACCCCUGCCAGCAUCCGAUCAUCAUCCUUCCGCGGGACAUCAAACUGUGGGCCAUGCAGGCACUGGUCGAUUUCAUGUACAAAGGAGAAGUGAACGUAUCUCAGGCGGGUCUGCCGGACUUGAUGAAGUGUGCGGAGAUACUGAAAAUACGGGGUCUCUGCGGCUCGGAUGCGGCCCUCAAUUUAAACCAAAUCCACAGUCCCCCGGUGGGGUCGACCGCCUCCUUCCAGCAGCAGCAGCAGCAGCAGCAGCAGCAACAUCUACCGGCCACCGAUGCGGGGACCGAUGCCACCACCAUGACCAGUACAAAGGACACACGGACGUCGAACAACAAACAAUCCCACAGCCAGUUCCAAAAUCGAUCUGAACCUCAUCACAACACACGAGCUUCGCAGCAGAGCAGCGGCGGUGGAGCAGGGCACCGAGGUGGACCCAAGGGACAGCUGCUGAGCAGUUUGCACCUGCAGCCGGUGAUCGGAGCACGAAGUCAGCUGCUCCAGGACGAUUGCAAUAUUAGUGAUAAUGGGGAGAGUAGCAACGAGAUGUGCAUAAAAACUGAAGACUUAAUUGAUGAUGACACUAGCAGCAAGCCGUGUGAGGAUGAAGAGGAGCUUGAAAUGGACCCUGGAGAAAAAAUCCCUUCGGACGCAAAUCGCUGCGAGCAGCAGCUCCUCGAAGCUCAUGCAGCAGCCAUGGAGGUUGAGGAGCUGGUGGACGACGGGGUGUCGGUGCAGGAGGCAGAAAGUGGGGAUAAGGAAAGAUCGGCCCAGAACGCCGACGGAAGCGCCACUACUAGCAGCGAUGCGCAAGACGCCGCUGAGCCUGAGCAUACUAACGAUGACGGGAAUGGUCAAGGCGAUGAAGUGUUGGAGAUGAGAGAAGAGACAGAUGAGCCGCUGGCGGUGGAUGUGGCUGCCAAGAGCAACAAGGCCGAACAAGAGCGACCAAGAACAAGACCCCUGUUUAGUUCCGCCCGUAAUGGCGCGCCUAACAACGACGACGACCAGCGCCAGCAGAAAAGUCAGGCGAACGGUGCCAAAAGUGGUGCCCCGCUCACUAUCCAGCGGGCACCGCCCGGCUCGAUACGGGUUAAAUCCAUCGAGAAUCUCUUUGCCAAUUACCAGAGCAAACACUCAUCGCUGGUAGCGCCGGGAAAGUCUUCCCGCGCAGAAAAGCGCCGACUGGGGCUUCAGAAGUGCCCGCGUAGUGAAAGUGCCAAUAGUGACCGUACCGGCAGGGCAUUGCCCGCUUCGCUCGUGUUCAACCGUGACGCAAUGGACAUCUACCUACGAUCCGGCGGUGGUGGCGGUGGCGCAGGCGACGCCGAGGAUGAAGCAACUAGUGCCACCGAUGAGGACGGUUACGAAAAUAUUAUCUGUUCGCCUAACUUCCCGCCCCUGUCGGGCGUCAUCAGUAGCUACAAGGCUGAGGAAGAGGAGGAAGAGGAAGAGGAGGAAGGAGAGGACGUCGACUAUAGUGACGAUCGGUACGCCAUACAGCUGCUGGCGGAAGAAAUCGAUAGCAGGAUGCUGGCCAACGGUGCGGACAGCGAGGGAGACGAAAUACUUCUCAAACCGCCGGCCCUGAUGUCGUUGGGGAAGGGCUCCGGAACGGUCGGUAGUGGUGGCGGUCGAAACAGUAUGGCCAGCGUCCGGCCGCAAAUCCUGCGCACAUAUGGCCGAGGGGUGACGGGAUCCGGAGCCGGUUCCAACGCAUCGCUCACGGUACGCAAACUUGCCCGUCAAACGGACGGAGGCGGUUCGCAUCCAGCGAACAGUCGGCAGGUGCGACGGCCACGGCUUACGGCACGUGCCAGGGAAGCGUUCAGCCACCUCAUGAACCCGUCCGGAGCUCCACCUCCCAUCUCCUUCACGCUGCGCAAUCCGCGCGGCAACCAACCGCGCUCGUACAACACCGAAGCCCUGUGGGCUGCUCUGAUGGAUGUGAAAGCGGGUGAAAGCAUCUACAGAGCUUCGCAAAUGCACAAAGUUCCUCGCAAAACGCUGCGCAACUGGAUGAAGCGGUGGGACAUCAAGUCGGCCUACCCGAUGCCGAGGCAGCUUAAGGAGGCGGCCGAGAAGAAGCGCAUCAUCAAAGAGCUGACCAGCCAAAUUCAAUAG